AUGCGGCGCGUGGCCACCACGACGAGGGGAGGAGGCGUGGCGGCGUGGAGGCAACGGUGGGUCCCCAACGGGGUGGUGGCCCACACCCUCCCGUAUUCUUCGACUGCCACUACGACUGCCAUAACGGCCGUUCCGAUGGGAAGAGCUGGCGCUCCCGCGUCAUCAGCGCUGGUCUCGGUGUCGCGGGGCUGGUGGCGCGGCCCUGGCUCGUCGGCGUCGUGGUCGUCUUUGGCGACGGUGCACCGCCGCCGGGGUGUGUGGGCGGGGGCCGCAUGUGGCCUCCUCCUGGUGCUGCCCGGGGGGCGCCACGCGGUCAAGGCCGCUGCGGCCUCCCAAGCAACUGACGCGUCGACCGCCGCCGCCUCUUCUUCCUCGGGACCGGCGGUGGUGCGCCUCUACUCGCCGGCUGUGACCACGCCCGUCAGCAGCGCCGCCGCCGAGACGCGUUUCGUCCUCAAGCAGGCGUUCAUCCAAAGGCGGUCUCCCAUUCCCAUCAUCCGCCUGCGCCUGCUCCUCCUGCCGCCGCCAUGGCCGCCGCCUGGUCGUUCGUCAUCGUCGUCGUCGUCAUCGUCAUGGCCCGUACGUGAUAGCACGCCCCUCACGGCAGGCCUCGCACUCCUCUUCCUCAAGCCGUGGCUGGAUUUCCGGGCCUACCAGAGGGAGGCUAGCGCCCUGCGGAUCGAUGGGCGGGCAGUCCGGUUCACGGGGGAGCUGGUCGAGUACAUGAAGCUCACACUGUGGGACGCCUUCUUGACGGUGGUGACCAUCGGCGUGUACGGCGUCAUGGGCUAUCCCGAACUCAACAGUGCGCGCUACUUCGACACACACCUCGAGUGGGCCACCACCGACCACGACCACCACGACACGGACACGAAGGAGGUCUCGGCCACGGCGCCCAACCAACCACACACCACCGUAGGUCACGUGUGA